GCUGUUGGAGGAUGGCCACCGCAGCUGAGGACCCUCACCUGGGCUCAGGCCCCAAUCAGGAUGACCUGUCUCUGGCAGGGAGUGAGUCCGAUUCAGACAGCAUCCUAUCAGACGACUCGGUGCUUCCUGACUACACGUCGGAUAUCACAAAUGGGUGUGCAGCAACAACUCUGUAUCAAGCAUGCGCCCGGAAUGAAAUUGCAUCUCUGAAGAAAGUACUGGAAAGAGGGGUCACGAAGGAGGAGGUCAUGGAGCUGGACAUCAAUAGAUGGAACGGUCUGAUGGUGGCUUGCUGCAGAGGUUAUUUGGAUAUUGUCUAUGGGCUUCAUGGCUGUCCCUACAUAGACAUAAACCAACAGGACAAUGAAGGCAACACUGCUCUGAUGAUUGCAUCACAGGCAGGUCAUGUCACCACAGUCAUGUAUCUCCUGAACUACUACCCCAGUAUAGACACUGAAAUCAGAGACUGUCGAGGUUUCACCGCCCUCAUCAAAGCUGCUAUGACCGGCCGUAAUGACGUUGUGUCCGCCCUUGUAAUGGCUGGGGCUGAUAUACAUGCAGUAGACUCAACAAAAUCAAAAAGUUCUCGGGAGUGGGCAGUGAAAACUGGUCGCUAUGAGACUCUGUUUCGUCUCCGCCGCCUUAACAUGCGGCCAAAAGCUGAGCAGUUCUGUGAGGACUUCAUCCCUGAGUGGCCUGAGCUUCAGGAGAGGGUAGCUAAGGCUACAGGGGAGAAAAGUACCAGGGAAAAAAUUACCCAGCGGCUCAAAAGCACAUUUGGAUUCAGAUUACCUCGUGACCCCGAGGACAACGGGUGCUUGGAUCACUUCGUACGCAUCACCACCAGCAUCCACAGUCCACUGAUUUCAACUGGAUGUCGUCCACUGUGUCCUACAAGCCCUCCUGAGGUGGGGAAGAGGCGCCUGGCUGUCCCGGAGCUGGUGAAGAAACACCCAGAAAAGGAGUUAGAAGAGAGCUCAGUGUGCCACAGCAAUGGCUCAGUGUCCCACAUCAUACCCACAAUCCACUCUGCAGAGUCUAUCACUACAACUUGCUGUGCCGACACCGACCGACGAGGUAGCCUCCUCUCUCUGGCUUCCACCAAAGUUGCUUCUACGUUUAUUCCCCGCAGCAUGGCGAGACGAAACAGUGUGUUCCCUUCUGGCUGCAUCCCCAAUAUCAACAUCAGCAGGCCUACAGAGGCAACUCCAAAGAAAGAGAAGAAGAAGAGGAGGAAAACGGAGAAGGGCUUCCUUGAACCCCCGAAGUGGAAGUACAAGGAGAUCAAGGAUGAGAAAAAGAAGGAGAAGAAAAAAGCUGAGCAAGAGAAAGCAGAGAAGGAGAAAAAGGAGAAAAAAGAAAGAGAGAAGAAGAAGGCCAAAAAGUAAAGGGUGGUUCUGCUGUGUGAAUUCUGAGUUUGAACUUAAACCACUGAGGGAAAAUAAGUAUGAGAUGUUUUUCCUCUUAAAACUGAGCUGCAAAACAAACACUGCAAGGACUCGC